UGAAACAAAAAACAGAAGACCAAUUCACACAAGUACAUCACUCUUCUGUUCCUUCUAAUCAGAGAGAAAUGGCUGGAGUUUGGCCAAUAAUAUCAGCAAUGGAUACUCACUGCUGUCCGUGUCUCAUUUUCAGAAAUCCAAAGCCAUUCAAACGUUCAUUAGAAAGCUCUUUUGCAAUUCAUCCAUGGCGUAAUUCAUGUCUUAAAAGAACACCAAGAAAGAAGAGAAGACUUGUUAUUGCUAAUGAGAUUGCUGGCCAGUAUGAAGAAGGCUUUGAUGAUGUUCAUCAGCAACUUAUAAAUUAUUUCACACAAAAAGCUGUGAGGACUGUUCUUUACCAGCUCUAUGAGAUGAACCCUCCAAAAUACAUGUGGUUUUAUAAUUUUGUGGCAUCAAAUGACACAACUGAUAGUAAACAUUUUCUUCGCACUCUUGCCAAGGAGACACAAGAGUUAGCUGAAAGAGUAAUGUUAACACGCCUUCAUCUUUAUGGUCAAUGGAUUAAGAAAUGUGAUCAUCCAAAGAUGUACCAAAGAAUAUCUGAUGAGAACUUGGCCUUGAUGAGAGAGAGGCUUAUUGAAACAGUGAUAUGGCCAUCUGAAGAUACAAACUCAGACACAUGAUCAUCAUCAAUUGACACACUUUCUUCUUAUUUUGUAUUUCCAUUCACUAUUCUCAUCCAUCUCUGGUUUUUGCUACUUGUGUGUCAGAUUCAAGUGUUCAAAUGGUUUCAUAUAUUUUCAGUAAAAAAAAGUAUAUACAAAAAGCUCAGUGAUUAAAUAUUAAACAUCAUCUUUAAUUA